AGGAAGAACAAAACAAGAUGGCGUCUAGCGGAGAAUACGUUGUUUUGGUUAUUAUGGUUUCUAGGUCUUAAUUACAACGUACAUGUGCACAUGUGUGUCGUUUAACAGAGUAAACGUCGUUAUUAAUUGUUUGUAUGCGGAUACAUUAGUCUGAGUGCACUUAUACGUGCUAGCCUAGCCUGCUGGUUAGUUUAGCUUGUUAGCUGCUAACAAAGAGAGGCGGAAGUGAUCGACACAUCAAAGCAGAGAUCCAAUACAUCCAUCAGCUGAUGGAACACCAAGAAGAAUGUCUCCCUCAUCUGCAGGGGGACAGUUUCACUUCAGAGUAUCCACAGCCCUCACAUUUUAAAGGGGACAAGGAGGAUCCACAGCCCCCCUAUUGUAAAGAGGAAGAGGAGGGAGAGUGUCCUGUAGGGCAGGAGGAGGCUGAUCUCAGCAAGUUUCCACUGACUGUUGUCUCUGUGAAGACUGAAGAGCAUGAAGACAAACCACCUGAGUCCUCACAGCUUCAUCACAGUCCAAACGUCUGUGCAGAACAUCUUCUCUCUGAGCAACAGAAGUGGAGCUUCAGGAUGGACAAGGAGGAGCCACAGCCCUUACACAUUAAGGAGGAAGAAGAGGCGCCACAUACAUUGCAAAUGCAAAGUGAAAAAAAUAACCCACUGACCUCCCUUUUUAAAGAGGAAGAGGAGGAACACAGCAUCAGUCAAGAAUGGUUGGAGGAGUUCCAUGUGAUUGUGAAGAGUGAAGAUGAUGAGGUCAAAGGUGAGAGUGAGGAGAGGGGAGGGGGGGAGCCUCCAAGCAGCAGCUCAACUCAACACAUGACAACAGAAGCUGAUGGAGACCACUGUGGAGGAUCACAAGCAGACAAGCUCUUAGCUCCACUAUCAGAUAGUGAGGACACAACGUCACACUCUCCUGACACUGAUGAUGAAGACUCUAAAGAUGAUAAGACAUGUCACACUGACAACACACACCUCACAUGUUCUCACUGCGACAAAACCUUUAAAUAUCCUAGUGCCUUGGAAAGACACAUGAGAACACACACUGGAGAAAAACCUUUUUCAUGUUCAAUCUGCGGUAAAGAUUUUACUCAAAAGUACCAUUUCAAAGCACACAUGAGAAUACACACUGGAGAAAAAGCUUUUUCCUGUUCAGAAUGUGGUGAAAGUUUUAUAAGAAAUCAAAAUUUAAAAGAACACAUGAGAGUACACACUGGAGAAAAUCCUUUUUCAUGUUCAAUCUGCGGUAAAAAUUAUACUCGAAGCCAAUAUUUCAAAACACACAUGAGAAUACACACUGGAGAAAAGCCUUUUUCCUGCUCAGAAUGUGGUAAAAGUUUUAUAAUUAGUCAAAUUUUAAAAGUACACAUGAGAACACACACCGGAGAAAAACCUUUUUCAUGUUCAAUCUGCGGUAAAGAUUUUACUCAAAAGUACCAUUUCAAAGCACACAUGAGAAUACACACUGGAGAAAAACCUUUUUCCUGCACAGAAUGUGGUAAAAGCUUUGUAAAAAAUGAACAUUUAAAAGAACACAUGAGAAGACACACUGGAGAAAAACCUUUUUCAUGUUCAAUAUGCGGUAAAGAUUUUUCUCAAAAGCGCAAUUUCAAAACACACAUGAGAAUACACACUGGAGAGAAACCUUUUUCCUGCUCAGAAUGUGGUAAAAGUUUUGUAAGAAAUCUAACUUUAAAAGAACACAUGAGAACACACACUGGAGAAAAACCUUUUAUAUGUUCCGUAUGUGGUAAAGGUUACAUAAAAAAAAGCUGCUUAAAUUUACACAUGAGAACACACACUGGUGAAAAACCAUUCUCCUGUUUAAGCUGCAACAAAAGCUUUCGUCACCAACAAUCUUGUAAAGUGCACAUGAGAACACACACAGGAGAGAAAGUGUUGAGUUGCAGUGUGUGUGGUGAAAGAUUUUCUUAUAAGUACCAGUGUAAGAAACACAAGUGUGCUGGUGAGAACAGCAGCAGCAAAUGAAGAUGCAGGAUUUGAAAUAAACUGUCAAAACUUGAACUUUGACUUUCUAACAACAUCAGCACAUAUAACAUGUGUGACGUUGUUGUGUGUGUAACACAAUCUUGUUAAUAUGAUUCUAACAUUUAUAUAGAUUAGACACUUCAGAUUGGUGAUUUUAUUUCUGUCAAGUACAUGAGUUAAUAUACACAUUUGUGUACUUUAAAUGGAACAAAAAAAUAAUUUGACUGAAAAGGUGAAAAUAAACACUACAUAAAAUAUGUCACAUACAAUAAACAUUUUCAUUUUAGGUAUUCAUAAUUCACUUUUAUAUUUAUUCAUAAUAGUGUUUUUUUAAAUAAUGAUAUGUUGCAUAUUUUGUUUUCUAAUUGUAGAUUCCAUAGAUGAACUCCUUUAUAUGAUGUACAUAUUUGUUUUACAUGUGUUCAUACCUUUGCUUUUGAGUACACACAACUCACCUACUCAGUGGCCUAGUGGUUAGAGUGUCCGCCCUGAUAUCGGUAGGUUGGGAGUUCAAACCCCGGCCGAGUCAUACCAAACACUAUAAAAAUGGGACCUAUUGCCUCCCUGCUUGGCACUCAGCAGCAAGGGCUGGAAUUGGGGGUUAAAUCACCAUACAUGAUUCCCGGACGCGGCAUUGCUGCUGCCCACUGCUCCCCUCACUUCCCAGGGGGUGAUCUAAGGGAUGGGUCAAAUAAAGAGGACAAAUUUCACCACACCUAGUGUGUGUUUGACAGUCAUUGUGACAAUCAUCGAUUCCAUAGAUGAACUCCUUUAUAUGAUGUACAUAUUUGUUUUACAUGUGUUCAUACCUUUGCUUUUGAGUACACAUAAAUCCCUCUUAGUUCAUAUUUACUGGUUCACAUCUGAAACAUCUUCUGGACCACUUCUGGAAGCAUAUUAUUAUUUACUUUAUACAUCGUUUGAACAGUUGUCUUAUGCAAUUUUAAAAUGUGUGACUUUAUCAAUCAUUUGUUUGGUCUCCUUAGUCCAUUCUAUUAAUUGUGUUUAUUACUCUCUUGUGUAAUAUGAAUAUUGUAGUGUGAUUGUUUUAUAUGUAUGUCCCCAGACCUUUAUGCAAUAAACAAUGUAUGCUUCAACUAAA